AUGGCGGAGCUACGGCCUCGCCCUUCCUGCCGGCUUGCCCUCCUAGCCUGCCUGUGCCUCUUCCUGCUGGCCGCCGCGCCGCCCCUCGCGCUCGCCCGCGCGGCGCCCGCCGCCGACUCGAUACACAAGCUACUGCGCUCGCACGGCCUCCCCGGCGGGCUGCUCCCGCGCAGCGUGGAGUCGUACACCCUGGACGAGGGAAACGGCCUGCUCGAGGCGCGGCUAUCGGCGCCGUGCUACGCGACGUACGACAACGGCGACCUGGCUUUCUUCGACACCGUGGUGCGAGGGAAUCUCAGCUUCGGCGCGCUCCGCGGCUGUGAGGGGCUGGCUCAGGAGGAGCUCUUCAUGUGGCUCCCGGUGAAGGGCAUCCUCGUCUCCGACCCUGGCUCCGGCGUCAUCCUGUUCGACAUCGGCUACGCGCACAAGAGGCUCUCAAGGUCGCUCUUCGAGGAGCCGCCGGACUGCAAGCCGUCUGCCAGCACCAGUAUGGGCGCCGUCGAAGCCGCCAGGUGGAGGGAUAGUCCAGCUGCAGGUGUUCCUGGGCUGAGGGAGAGGAUAGAGGCAGAAGGAGGAGAAGAGCACCUGGACCAGAGGUGA